UAAAAAAUACUGUGCUGAUACUAAGCGGGUAUAGGCAAUGAGAGAACCAGUUAUCAACACAAUGAGAAGAAAAAUGAAAUAGAGAAUAAGAUUGACACCGUUUCUACUGACAGCCAUCGACGAUAGAACGUUUAAUUUUGCCUGAAAAAUGUUCUGGUUUUAGUGAAAGUUUUUUUUUUUUAACAAAAUGAGUGAUGCUUCACCCGUGUUCCUGAUGAGUCAUACAAUAACGUAUGAAGUCAUUUCGGCGCCGAAUGGGAAGUACAUUGUUUGGAAAUUGUUUUUUCCACGAGUCGGCGACACUAUGUUUACCGUCGACAAACUGAUGGAUUUUUGUGUAUGGCAGGAGCUGUACAACGUCUUACAACAAAGAUCGUCAAAUUACGAUUCAUCAUCGGCCUCAUCGUUAGUUCCACAAUUCAUCAAUAAGAAGCGUUUGAAGCUGUUGUUCAAACAGAUUGAAAUGAGUCGAGAUGAUCUUCGAGAUGUGUUGAAUGUUGACUGGAAAUUAGUAGCCGCAGUGUUACGUGCCGACCUGGUGUUGGUAAACAAUGCAACAGACGAUGGAAAUCACUCCGUGAACGUUCCUGUACAUGUACAAGCUACUGGUUGUCCUGGCGGGAAUAGUCAUCAUAAAACUGACGAGCGGAGUAGUACCGUAGUGGAUGCAAUGAAAGAGAAAUUAAUUAAGUCAUCAUCCGACCCAUCCUCAUCUGAGAACACAUCAUCAUCGGACUUCAAAAAUAGAAAGGUUCAGCCACCUCUACCGUCAAGUGUGUGUAGUAGGUUGCCAUGUUUGACUAUCAACGACAUUUGUUCGAAUUCCGUACCAUCAUUUACUGAAACCACCGAAUCAGUAAGGGCAGAGGCCUCUCGACCAUCAGCCACUAGCAGUAGUCAUUCGUUUAUCAGGACUGUUGUGUAUCCGAAAAAACAUCAGUCGCCUCCAAAAUCAGCCAGACGUGGAAGUAUGCUGAAUUUGACCGGCAACAUCGCUGAUGCGAGCAAUGAAAAUUUAGUUGUUCCGCAGAACUUGCAUCAGCUAGGCAAGGCAAUGUCGAACAGCAAGUAUCUGGAGCGAUUUGGGUAUGAAGGCAAUCAUGGAAACCUGUUGAAAAAGUACCGUCUCUUCGACGCCGUACAUUCACCUAAUGGCGAAUUCAAUUGGUACGCAGCUUUCCACAGUGCACAGAUUAUCGAAAUGAUAAAUGGCAGGGAGGAUUGCAGAUUAUUCUUCUAUUUUUCGCCAGAGUUGCUGAAACAGUGCAACAGUUUCGUAGAAGUGAAGCUCGGGGAUGUUAAGCACGUGUUGAUGGUAUUUUGGAGCCAUUUGGGAGGUGCCGUUCCAUUCGCUUUCUUUUUGCUACCCGAUACACAUGCCGCCCUUCGACAUGUACCGAAAGUGAUCAAUAGAUGGUUUCAUCAUUCGACAACGGUUAUCGGAUGCACUACUCCUUACAACCAGACUUUACAGCAUUCAAUCGCUGAGGUCUGGCCACAAGCGAAAAUAAUUGGAUGCUCGGCUGAGUUUAAAAGCGAACUCAAAGCGUUUGCAAGUGAAAAUAAGAUGUCAGGAGCCGAUGGUAAGUCAACGCUUUUAGCAUGUUCCCUAUGCUAUUUGGAUGAAAACAACUUUUCCGCUGGCAUCAAAGUAAUAAAGAGGUACACUCCGUCCGAGUAUGGUACCAAAUUGGUUCGUCACUUGCGCACAAGAUGGUUGGGUACUCUAAAAAGUGUUAACGGCGAAGAUGUCGUGCACAGAUCGCUAGUUAUUUGCCGAUUGGUCGGCUAUCAAAUUGAACAAGAUUAUUUUCAUCAAGAGUCGUCACUGAAAUUGAAGCACAUAUGGGAUUUCAUCGAUUUCUUGCAGAGGCUAACAUCACAGACAGUAUUGGAACUACGCAAAGGUCGAAUGUGUUCCGGCCCAAGUGACGAAAUUCGAAGAGAAAGAGAACGGCGAUAUAAACGUGCUUCGGCAGAGUUUGAGGAAAAUGUCAAAAUGAUGCGGAAGGUGGAGGCGGUUGAAAAGUUUAUGUUGGACUUAACGGAAAAAUUCUAUUGUCUAUCUGCUUUGCAGUAUGACAAUUAGUUUAGUUUAGUGAAGAUUAAGUGAGAAUCCGAAUAAAUCUUAGAAUUCAAUGAA